GUCCUUUCUCACAACUUGUGCACAGUGUUAAAUGUUCCCCACGAUCCAGUGGCCUUGGAAGAGCACUUUAGGGAUGAUGAUGAAGGACCAGUUUCCAAUCAGGGUUAUAUGCCUUAUCUAAACAAAUUCAUCUUGGAAAAGGUUCAAGGAAACUUUGACAAAGUUGAAUUCAACAGGAUGUGCUGGACUCUCUGUGCUAAAAAGAACCUCUCUAAAAGUCCUUUGCUGAUUAGCGAGGAAGAUGCAUUUAAAGUGUGGGUUAUUUUUAACUUCUUAUCAGAGGACAAAUACCCUUUAAUCAUUGUACCUGAGGAGAUUGAAUAUUUACUUAAAAAACUCACUGAAGCAAUGGGGGCAGGCUGGCAGCAAGAGCAGUUUGACCAUUAUAAGAUUGCUCUCAACACCAGUCGAGAAGGUCUUUCUGCGUGGGAGCUGAUUGAUCUCAUCGGAAGUGGGCAGUUUAGUAAAGGGAUGGACCGACAGACGGUGUCCAUGGCCAUCAAUGAAGUCUUUAAUGAGCUCAUCUUAGAUGUACUCAAACAGGGCUAUAUGUUGAAAAAAGGCCAUAAAAGGAAAAAUUGGAUGGAACGAUGGUUUGUGCUAAAACCCAAUAUUAUUUCCUACUAUGUAAGUGAAGAUUUAAAGGACAAGAAGGGAGACAUCAUACUGGAUGGCAACUGUUGUGUAGAGGCCUUGCCUGACAAAGAUGGAAAGAAAUGCCUUUUUCUCAUAAAAUGUCUUGAUAAAAGCUUUGAGAUCAGUGCCUCUGAUAAAAAGAAGAAGCAGGAGUGGAUUCAAGCCAUACAGACCACUGUAAGCCUGCUGAGAGCGGGGAGCCCUCCACCCCACAAAGAAGCACGCCAAAAACGAAAAGAAUUGCGCCAGAAGUUGUUAGCUGAGCAAGAAGAGCUGGAGCGGCAGAUGAAAGAGCUGCAAACGGCCAACGAGAACAAGCAGAAGGAACUGGAGACCGUACGGAAGCAACUGGAAGCAGCAGCUGCUCGUGCUGCUGAGGAAGAGAAGAAAAGACUUCAGACUCAAGUCGAAUUACAAGAUCGCUUCAGUUUGGAGCUGGAGAGAGAAAAAAUGGUAAGACAAAAAAUGGAAGAGCAGGUUGCUCAGAAAUCGUCUGAACUGGAACAGUAUUUACAGAGAGUACGUGAACUGGAAGAAAUGUAUAAGCAGCUACAGGAAGCUUUGGAGGAUGAGAAACAGGCACGCCAAGAUGAAGAGACUGUACGGAAACUUCAAGCCAGAUUACUGGAAGAGGAGUCAGCAAAGAGAGCUGAACUGGAAAAAUGGCACUUGCAGCAGCAACAGACCAUUCAGAUGACAGAAGCGGAGAAGCAAGAGCUAGAAAACCAGCGAAUGAUAAAGGAACAGGCUCUUCAAGUUGCUAUGCAGCAACUGGAACAACUUGAACUGGAAAGGAAGGAGGCCCUUGAGCAGUAUGAGGAGGUUAAGAAGAAGUUGGAAAUGGCAGCUAAUAACACCAAGAGCUGGAAAGAUAAAGUAGCUCAUCAUGAGGGAUUAAUUCGACUAAUAGAGCCAGGCUCCAAGAACCCUCACUUAAUCACAAACUGGGGCCCGGCCGCCUUCACUGAAGCGGAACUCGAGCAAAGACAAAAGAGCUGGAAAGGGAAAAAAACCACUUCUGAGUAACAACGGUAGUAUAUCAUUUGUGAACAGAGGCUCACC